AGUUGGUAAAAGUGUAUCGCUGUGUUUGGUUUGAGAAAAAUAAAAUCGCUUCUUCGGCAAAUUGCGUAUAAAUCGUGCAGUUUUUUCUUGAAUUUAUACAAAUAAUUUUUUAAUCCGUCAAGAAGGACAAAUCUUUGUGCAAAAAAAAAGAGAAAAAAAAUUUUUUUUUAUAUUUACAAAAGAAUUUAAUAAAGUUAAUUGCCUUUUGAAAACGUGCCGUUGUAUAAGUGAAAUUUAAUUCUAAGGAUACGAAAUCCUUCGUGAAAAACAAGUUGAGUAGACGCACUUCAUUGGAUCGUUGGAUCGUUUACGUUUAUCAGCUGUGCUGUGUUUGUUGUUCUGGGAAAUUACAUAGAACCACUUUCAACUAAGAAACAUGUCACUUUUACGUACUUUGGUGCUAUUGGCAAUCGGUGCUACUGUUACAUUGGCUCAACGGCGCCUAGCCCUACCGGAUCCACGUAGCUGUGCUAAUCGUGUACGUCACGCUACCUAUCGUGAUGCACGUGGUGUUGCGCAUUCAUACUUCUUCAGUUGGGAACAUGCACCUACCCGUAGUCUUGAAGUUGAUUGGCUUGAUGCACGUAAUAUCUGUCGUCGUCAUUGUAUGGAUGCUGUUUCAUUGGAGACACCACAAGAGAACGAGUUUAUUAAACAACGCAUAGCACGUGGUAAUGUACGCUACAUUUGGACUUCAGGUCGUAAAUGCAAUUUCGCUGGCUGUGAUCGCCCUGACUUACAACCACCAAAUGAGAACGGUUGGUUCUGGUCUGGUUCUGGUGCUAAAAUCGGUCCAACAUCUCAACGCAACACUGGCGAUUGGUCUCACACUGGUGGAUACAAUCAACCACAACCCGAUAACCGUGAAGCUGCACAAGGGAAUGAUGAAUCUUGCCUCUCCAUUCUUAAUAAUUUCUAUAACGACGGUCUUAAAUGGCACGAUGUUGCCUGUCAUCAUUUAAAACCCUUCGUUUGCGAAGAUUCUGAUGAACUCUUGAACUUCGUACGCUCACGCAAUCCUGGUGUUCGUCUUUAAGUUCUACUUAAAUGCAUGUAUAAAUAUAUGUGUAUUUGUAUAUAUAUAGCAUAUAUACCGAUUAUGAGUUGUUAUAAAUAGAAGUGGUUUAUUACCAUUAUGACAAAAAAAA